CGGCCCCACCUGUGCCCGCCCCGCUCCCUCACUGGUCCUGCCUCGGCUCUCCUCGCAGGGAAAAGUCUGAAGACGCUUAUGUCCAAGGGGAUCCUGCAGGUGCAUCCUCCGAUCUGCGACUGUCCAGGCUGUCGAAUAUCCUCCCCGGUGAACCGGGGGCGGCUGGCAGACAAGAGGACAGUUGCCUUGCCCCCUGCCCGUGUCCUGAAGAAGGAGCUGACCCCCAGCUUCUCAGCCAGUAGUGACAGUGACAGGAGUGGCCCGGCCUGUGGGCAGCGGCUGGGCUUGAAGCAGGAGGACGACCCGCAUGUCCGUAUCAUGAAAAGAAGAGUCCACACCCACUGGGAUGUGAACAUCUCCUUCCGAGAGACGUCCUGCAGCCAGGACAGCGACCUCCCCACCCUCAUAUCCAGCCUGCGUCGCAGCCGCCACCUCGUUAUGCCAGAGCAUCAGAGCCGCUGUGAAUUCCAGAGAGGCAGCGUGGAGGUCGGCCUGGGAGCCGCAGGUGACCUGUUGGGCAAGAGGCUGGGUCGCUCCCCCCACAUCAGCGGUGACUGCCCUUCGGAGAAGAAAGCCCGAAGCAAGUCCCCUCAAGAGGGUCCAUUGCUUCCGGAACUAGGGCCCGGCAUGGCCCCCGAGGACCAUUACCGCCGGCUGGUGUCCGCCCUGAGUGAGGCCGGCACCUUUGAGGACCCUCAGCGUCUCUACCACCUGGGCCUCCCCGGCCACGCUUACAAAUGCCCACUUGGCCCCCCUCCCAAGACCGGUGGGUGCCACCAGCGGGCCUUGCGCUGGGAUGUCUGGUGUCGGCCCUGCCCCAUGGCCUUCUGCUCGUCUUUCUGUCCCGGUGACGAACCAGCAGGGUCGGUGGGAGAAUGUGCUCCGGGUCUGCGUGUCCUUGGCCAGUGUACUACAGGGUGUGGGGGACAUGAGGGCCUGGUGGGGGCUGGCCUCUGGGUCACUGCUGCUGCUGCCCCCUCCUCAGAUCUCCUGAGGGUCCGGCAGGAGGUGGCAGCGGCAGCCGCGAGGAGCCCCAGCGGCCUGGAAGUCCACCUGCCCUCAUCCACAGCAGGUCAGCGUCGGAAGCAGGGCCUGGCUCAGCACCGAGACGUCACCGCCCCAGCUGGCGCCCCGUCCUUCUCAGAGAGGGAGUUGUCGCAGCCGCCCCCCUUGCUGUCGCCCCAGAAUGCCCCCCACAUCGCCCUGGGCCCCCACCUCAGGCCCCCCUUUUUGGGGGUGCCCUCGGCACUGUGCCAGACCCCAGGCUACGGCUUCCUGCCCCCUGCCCAGGCGGAGAUGCUCGCCCGGCAGCAGGAGCUCCUGCGGAAGCAGAACCUGGCCCGGCUGGAGAUGUCAGCAGAGCUGCUGCGCCAGAAGGAGCUGGAGAGCGCGCACCGGCCGCAGCUGCUGGCACCCGAGGCCGCCCUGCGCCCACCCGACGGUGCCGAGGAGCUGCAGCGGCGCGGGGCUAUGCUGGUGCUGAGACACAGCUCUGCGCCCCUGCUGGCCCUGCCUCCCCAGGGACCCCCGGGCCCCGGUCCCCCCACCCCGCCCCAGGAGCCUGCCCGCCGAGCUCCUCGGAAGGGGGGCCCCAGCCCUGCCUCAGCCCGGCCCAGUGAGCCCAAGGAGACCACAGGGGCUGGGCUCUGGGCACAAGACGGUUCUGAAGAUGAGCCCCCCAAGGAUUCAGACGAAGAGGACCCCGAGAUGGUGGCUGCUGGGGGCCAGGGCCCAACUGGAGGGGCCAGCUCUGAGGGGAAGGGGCUUGCCUCAGGGUCCAUGCUGCCCCCUCCACUGCCCCUGGGCUUGCCUUACACGGUCAGCCCCUACUUCCACACAGGCGCCACGGGGGGCCUCUUCGUGGAUGGGGAGGGGGCCACAGCGCCCGAGGAUGUCAGCAAGUGGACAGUGGACGACGUCUGCAGCUUUGUGGGCGGCCUGUCCGGCUGCGGAGAAUAUGCACCGGUAUUCAGAGAACAGGGGAUUGACGGGGAGACCCUGCCCCUGCUGACAGAGGAACAUCUCCUGACCACCAUGGGGCUGAAGCUGGGGCCUGCUCUCAAGAUCCGGGCCCAGGUGGCCAAGCGCCUGGGCCGAGUCUUCUACAUGGCCAGCUUCCCCGUGGCUCUGCCGCUGCAGCCACCAACACUGCGGGCUCCCGAGAGGGAGCUCAACUCGGGGGAGCAGCCCCUGUCCCCAGCACCGGCCCCCUCGCCCUAUGGGGGCGCGCAGCCCCCUGCCAGCCGAGCCUCACCCAAGCAGGAGAACGGAACCAUGGCUCUGCUCCCAGGGCCCACGGACCCCUCCCAGCCUCUGUGCUGAGCUGGUGUCAGACCCCCCAUCCUUCACUGCCGGCUGCUCCCCGGCAAAGGCCCCCAACCCCACAGCUUAUCCUCCUUUCGGUUUUGGAUGCAAAAACACAAUUUUUAAAAUG